CGCGGCAAAAUGCCACAGUGAUGGUGAACAAGUGCAAUGGGUUACCAGGUGUCGCUGAAGAGCACGCGGGGUGCUAUCGACGUCUUCCUCUGUCCAGAAGACAGCUCCGGCGUCUGCAGCCCAGUGACAGAUGUAGUCCCUCCAAACCCAAUGCUGACUCUCCUCUUGUCCCGCCUCCUGCACAACCCACAGACCAAUCACAAGCCAGAGCAUCCACAAACACCCUGGAUGUGGGUUUAUCAUCACCAGCAUCCACGUCGUCCACGGUGACGGCAGCCUCCCAGCAGGACCCGUCGUCUCUGGUGUUAGGAGGGGACACAGAAUCCCUCCUUGGAGGCGACCCGUUCUCCGGCCUCGCAGACAUGCCCGAUUUUAACUUUUCACCCCUCUCCUCCUCGGACUUCCUGAACGGCGAGGGCUUUCCCCUCCCGCUGGACGGCUUCAUCAACCUAUCCCCCCCUCACAGUCAUGAUUACCACUUUGGACUAGAGGACAAUGAAGGCAUCAGUGAACUGUUUGACUGUGACUUUGGAGACCUUUCGCAAGUUCUGGGCGACAGUUAAAGAAGAAGAAGAAGAAGGAGGUUCAGCUUUUAGGACUUUCUUCUUUCUGUUGGGGCUUCUCAAGGAGUGCAGGAAUUUCAGGACAAAUCUUUGUCAAAAUCUCAGCCUUCAUAUUCUAAGCGUGGGUUGUGGGAGAACGUGUAGUUAUUACCUUGGUGAACCCGACAACAACCACCCAAAUCUCAAACUGGCCCCAAAUUGUACAGCACACUAUUAGCACUUCUUUUGGCCAUUGCAACAUUUUAGACCAAGAAUUGAGCUCUAGUAUAGCUAUUUAAAUUAUUUAUACGAAUGCUAUUUUGAUAUUUUGUACCAAGUGAGCUUUUUUUGUUAUAAUUGAUGAUGUUAUAUCCGAGUGGAGAGCGCAGGUAGGUAGGUGUGUGUGUGUAUAUAUGUGUGUGUGUGUGUGUGUGGAGUAUGGAUUCAUAGGGCUGGUUUUUCCUUAACACUGAUUGGCUCAAAUCUAACUACUUAUACUCCUCGUCUCAGCGGCCAUGUUGUGUUCUGUAAGGUUGCAUUUUUCGGCAAAGUCAGAGAGUUUGCACCCAACAGAAGCUGCCUCUAUGGAACCAGUAUCACAGGAAGUGCAGGUUCAGUGAUGGGCCGUCCAGAAGUGUCUUGGUGCAGUUUCAAAUAUAUAUUUUUCACAACUAUAGAGAUGAUCAUAAGCACAAAGGUAAAAGCUUCAUGAUAAUCAGAUUUGUCAAACACACUGGAAUCCUUUAAGACUGGAGUGAAAUUCGAGAUUUUAUUGCCCAAUCGAACGACUCGAUUUGCACAUGUUCCACGGCGGAUUAUUAAAUGUACAUAAAGACAGAGAGACUGUGUAUAAGAAGUGGACAUAGCCACCUUAAUCAUCACCCAUUUGUGUGGAACUACCUUU